ACCAGGUGCCGCUCUCUGCAGUGAGGAAGCCUGCAGGAGCCGCGGGCAGGUCCACGCUGUCAGCAAAGUCAACUUAGCAGAGCCUAAGGUUCAAGGUUCCUGCACGCCAAUGGUGGCCUUUGAACUCUGGCCUGGCUCACUGUCCAGGAGAGUAUAAAUGUCAGCUGCUCUAGUCUUGGCUGCGUUACCACCGACCAGUCCUCAGCCGGCAACAUGAAGCUGGGUGGCCUCUGCCUCCUGCUCCUCCUCGCCGUCCUUCUCACCCUCAAUGCAGAGUUCCAAGCAGUUGGUAUUUGUGUGAUGGAGUGCUACGUAGACCAGGACUGCAAGGAGGGAGAAGAAUGCCUCAGUGAUGGGUGUGGCCGUGGCUGCUACCCAGUCCUGCACACAGUUGUCAGCAUCCCGCCCGAUUGCUGUCUCGCCUAUACUACCCGGCGGAUCCCGCGCAAACUCGUGCAGGACUAUUAUAAGACCAGCAGCUACUGCUCCAAGCCUGGCAUCAUCUUCCAAACCAAAAAAGGCCGGCAGAUCUGUGCCAACCCCGAGGAGGCCUGGGUCCAGGAAUACAUCAUUGACUUGAAGCUGAGUGCCUGAGCGGCCCGGGAGCUGCGGAGGGGAGGGUGGGUGUCACACCUCUGGGCAGAGAGGGGGGCAGGACAAUGACAUCGGGACUCUGGAAGGCUCCUCUUCUGUGGGUCACCCCUGGCCCUCCGCCUGCUGCACUGUGGGGCCCUCUUUCACCUCAGUGUAUCUUUUGCCAUGUAUUUCCACUGUUGACGUGUGUGGGGUAGCACCAUCUGCUCUGACACCCCAUGCCACCUGCCUCACCUGCCCUCCUCCCUCCUCUCCCUCCCGCCUCACUCUCACUCUGUGGCUCAAUCGGUGUGAUGAGCGUUCUCUUGGUGGACACUGUGUCACAUGAAUCAAACAACAAAGACUGAUUGCAUGGUGUCGCCCAGUGCUAUGACUCAGCAUAUCCAAGGCUCCUCAUAAAAGGUAAACCAGCCUCUUC